AUGAAUUCUUCAUGUUAUAUUGAUGCUGAUUCCAAUAUAAUUUUAUCAUUUUUUAUAAUUGGCUUCUUUUUAUCAAUAAUCGGUUGUAUACUUAAUCUUUGUUCAUGUUUACUUUUUAUUCGUACAAAAUCUCUUUUUAAUACACCUUAUGCUAUAUUUAUAAUAGCUUUAUCCAUAGUUGAUAUUAUUAAAAUUAUAGCUGAAUAUUUUAUUCAUUUAUUAUUUGUUUAUAUUCAACAUCCAUAUUUUGUUUGUUCAAUAACAUGGUUUUUAACAAUGAGUAGUGAAAAUAUAUCAUAUGCAUUUCUUGGUGCAUUAGGUAAUGUAUGA